GGGCAGCCCUCUCCUGGCGGCGGGAGGCGGGCGGGGUCGCGGUUGCCCUUUUAAGCCGCGGGCCGCCGCCUUCAGCCGGCCGAGUCGGUUACAAAGGCCGUCGCCGCCCGCCUGCCCGGCUGCCCUCCCGCCGUCCCUGCGCCCCAAGGCCCCGGCGCCCGGCCUCGCCAUCUUCCGGCCGUGACGGCGGCGCGGGCCCGGCUCCCUGCCGCCGGAGAUGAGGCCAGGAUGUCGGUGUCGGGGCUCAAAGCCGAGCUGAAGUUCCUGGCGUCCAUCUUCCACAAGAACCACGAGCGGUUCCGCAUCGUCAGCUGGAAGCUGGACGAGCUGCACUGCCAGUUCCUGGCGCGGCCGCCCGGCAGCCCGGCCCCGGCGCCGCCGCUCACGCUGCACUGCAACAUCACGGAAUCUUACCCAUCUUCUUCACCAAUAUGGUUUGUGGACUCUGAUGACCCAAAUCUGACAUCAGUUCUGGAACGUCUAGAAGAUACAAAGAACAACAUGCUCCGUCAGCAGUUGAAGUGGUUGAUUUGUGAGCUCUGCAGAUUGUAUCACCUUCCUAAGCACCUGGAUGUGGAGAUGCUGGAUGAACCACUGCCCGCGGGUCAGAAUGGGACAACAGAAGAAGUGACUUCAGAAGAAGAGGAAGAGGAAGAGAUGGCUGAAGAUAUAGAAGACUUGGACCACUAUGAGAUGAAGGAAGAAGAGCCCAUCAGUGGGAAAAAGGCAGAGGAAGAAGGAAUUGAAAAAGAAAAUUUGGCAAUAUUAGAGAAAAUUAGGAAGACUCAAAGGCAAGACCAUCUAAAUGGUGCAGUGUCUGGGUCUGUGCAAGCUUCAGAUAGACUUAUGAAAGAGCUCAGGGACAUAUUCCGAUCACAGAGUUAUAAAACAGGGAUGUACUCAGUGGAACUCAUAAAUGACAGUUUAUAUGACUGGCAUGUUAAACUGCAGAGGGUCGAUCCUGACAGCCCUCUGCACAGUGAUCUUCAGAUCUUAAAAGAAAAAGAAGGCAUAGAAUAUAUUUUGCUUAACUUCUCUUUUAAGGAUAACUUUCCGUUUGAUCCUCCGUUUGUCCGAGUGGUGUUACCUGUUCUCUCAGGAGGGUAUGUGUUGGGUGGUGGUGCGUUAUGUAUGGAACUUCUCACGAAACAGGGCUGGAGCAGCGCCUACUCCAUUGAGUCCGUCAUCAUGCAGAUCAACGCCACCCUGGUGAAAGGCAAAGCCAGGGUGCAGUUUGGAGCAAACAAGAAUCAAUAUAAUCUAGCAAGAGCCCAACAAUCUUAUAAUUCCAUUGUACAGAUACACGAGAAAAAUGGCUGGUACACCCCUCCAAAGGAAGAUGGCUAAAUGUGUUGACUGUCAUAUGCUUGGACCAAUGUUGCUUUAAAGAAAAUCUUUCCAACAUGCAGACACAAGCUUUGAGUGCCCCUGUAACAGCAGUACCGAAGACGUUAGCUAAUAGAUAUUUUAGUGGAUAAUCUGUCAACUGACAUCCUGUAUAAGUUAUAGCCUUUUCAUUUUGCUCUUUUUAGAUAUCCUGGACUGAGCAGUGGGGCCUUUACUGUAUUUUUCCUGAUAAAUAUACAUACUGGCCACUCCUUAUCAUCUCUUUUUCUUGAAAUCUGUUAGGCAGGCAGGUCAGCAUCAGGUGACCAAAGGUGCGACUUGAGGAUAACUUUCCCAUUCUGAGCUUGUGCGUUACGAGAACUCACAGUAUAUUGUUCAUUUUAGAGCCAAUAAAAGUUUAAUCGAUGUUUAAUAUUGGUUUAGAAAAUGUAAGGUCUUCUGAAUCGCGGUAGCUUUUUCAGGUUGAAACCAUUUUAUGAUAUUGCCAAAAUACUGACAGGACACCUACUCAAUAAAUUGUUAAACUUUUUCA